AUGACGAGAGGCACCUACCUGCUGGCGGCAGCAGGAGGUGGAAGCUCCUCUGCAAAACCUGCUGGAUACCCUCUCCAUUUUGUACCACCCACCUCCCGUGAUGAUUCCAAAGUUGGAUUCUGCCCCAAAGGCUUACUUGAUCAAGAAAUCCUGAAAUGGCAGUGCUGUCUUGUAGGGCAUUUCCUUGGUAGCUGUCCUCCUUACCAUGUUGUCAAGGCCUCCCUUCUCAAGCAAGGGAAAGCUGCAGGUGCUGUCUUCAUCUACGUGGUAUCAAAUGGGAUAUUCAUCUUCAGGUUCUUUGACGAAGCCGAUAAAGCUCGUGCGCUGAAAGGUGGCCCCUGGCAGAUUGGUAAAAAGCAGAUUUACCUUCAGCAAUGGAACCAUCGCUCCUCUCUUCACAGGAUUGACCUCAAAUCCAUUCCCAUUUGGAUUACCCUUCCAGGUCUCCCUCUGCAUUAUUGGUGCCCCUCAGGCCUAAGCAUCGUCGGAUCGACCAUUGGUACCCCCCUCUUCUCCGACGAGCGCACCAAGAGAAUGGACCGAUUAUCCUUUGCUCGCAUCUGCGUGGAACUUAGUGCUGAGGAAUCUCCCCCUAAUUUUGUCAUCGUUCUGGAAGAAGAUGGCCACUCCUCCCAACGUGUUCACUAUGAAGGCUUGCCUCAUCACUGCUCUCUCUGCAAGGUCUUCGGCCACACAUAA